UAAUAUGAAUAAAACAAUUUCAUAAAAAAUAAGCUAACAAAAAAAAGCUCUUUGCUACCCUAAAGUUGUGAUCAAGGGUAAUUUAACUCUGCGACCGGGCAACCCAAACCUAAAUGCGCCAUUCCGCGGCGCGCUACGUCACACGGCAGCCGCUUGCCGCUCGCGUUAACAUCAUAAUAAACUUGAAAAUAACAUAAACUAAACAUAAUACAGUGAAUAUAAUCAAAAUACAGUGUUGUUAUAUAAUAAUAACGAUCGCUCAUCGUUAUUAGUGAGUGAUAGAGUGAUAAAAAGAGUUAAAUUGUGUUUCGCAAUAGUCGUCUUAAAAUUGAUGUCAAUAUUGUGUUAAAGUUGUGUUGGCCGAACGGCUGUGAGUGCUUGUGUUUCGGCCGGUUUGCCCACGUUACACACGUUGGCCACGCUGCCCAGAGGCCCAGCGCUGGGCAGUAAGUCAGUAACAGCUGUAUCCAGGUGACAAUUUAAGGGAGUGCAUCGGAUGACCUACAUUGAGUGACGAAUCAGAAGAUGCCAUGAAGAUCCAGAGUGUGUCAGGUCGCGGGGCGGGCGGGGAGCCGCCGCGCUCCACCGCCUACUAUUACGCGGACCUGGAGCGCAACAAGCGCCGCCCCGGACCCGACCCGGAGGCGCGCAGCGAGGACAGCGAGCUCCCGGACACCAGCCCCGUGGCCGACGACGGAGCCAUCCGGGAGGUGCCGCCGCUCCGGGACAGGGGCCGCCAGUGGAGUCUCCCCGAGUACAGCACGCCGGAGAACUCCCGCAAGAUCGAGGAGACGUACUCCACGGCCGGGACCUUCCCCAUGCCGGAGCAUAAGGAGAAGGAACCCCUACUCGCUGAGCUGGCGGUCGUAGGGCGAGUCCCACUGACUCAGCUCGAGGGUCCAGCGUGUGCGGGAGCGGGGAGGGGAGCGGUGGUCAGGAGGACCAGGUCCUGGUAUCUGUGCUGUCCGAACGUAGCUGAUGAUGAGGUGUCCCGAGAGUCCUCGUGGCGGUAUUCCAGUUUGAGGCCGGUGACGGCGCCCCCGCUGCCCGGGACUAAUGGACAUCGGAGGGUGGGCACUCACAGCCCUGCCCGCGAGGACCCGAACGCCCUCCGCGCGGAGCGGGACGCCCUGGCGCGCGCCCUCGCGGCCGAGCGGCAGCGCGCGGCCACGGCGGCGCGGGCGCACGACGCGCGCCUCGCUGAGCUGCACGGAGUCAUCGCCGAGCUGGUGAGGCGGCGGGCGCAUGACAAGCAGACCAGGGCCAUACCCGAGGAGGAUGUGUCGGACGAGUGUGAGUCGACUACGCAGCCGGCCGGCGAGCUCGAUAACGAUGCCGACAACUCAAGGACUGAUCAGUCAGUCGACAUGGCUUACCAGCAAGAGGCGUCGGAUCAACAAGACGUGUUCAAAACGGAUCCGGCGGAGCAGCCGGAUGCGGACCUGCCGGAUCGGGCCGGACAGCCGGACGGGAAUGAACAGGAUGGAAACAGGGAGGGGUUCCGAGAGAUGUGGAACGGGCGAGAUCGGCGGUACGGGCCCGACACCGUGUUCUCGCACUACGACACGGAGACCGAGCUGGACUCGGGCCGCCUGCCGGACUACAAGCGCCGCUCCAUCGACGAGGACAGCGCCUACCCGCAGGUCUACGCAGUGGGGACAUACGAUGAUUCUCCGUUGGCGGCCAGUCCGGAGCUACCAACUCCUCAGGCAGAGCCCUCCACACAGAACGAUGUGACGUCAGAGGUGGAGUCCAUCCCACAGGACUACAGAGCGGAGAGUGAGGGUCCCCGCGUGGAGGUGACCACGCCGUCCGCGGGCGACGGGUACGACGCCAGUCUGCAGCUGUCCGGGAGGGACUCCGACGCGGGACGGGCCACCGCCAGGUACUACACAGAGAGCGGCGGCAGCUGUGAGCGGGAGCGUGGCUCUCCGGACUCGCCGCGACUCUACUCCUCCGCCGAGCGUAUCGAGGCUCGCCAGGCGAAGCUUGCGUCGCGAGUGCGCCUGCGCAAGACAGAGGACACAGACAACAGCACGUCACCUACAGAACAGGCGGCGAAGUCCUCACUUCACCAAGUACAUGAAGCCCUCGAGCUGAUGGAGGCACAACAUGGAAGCCAUGAUGCGGGCCCGGGCGGGUGCGCGUGGGCGGCGCGCGCGCUGCGGCUGCGCGCGGAGCGGCGCGUGCUGCGCUGCGCGCUGGCGCGGGCGGCGGACACGGCGCGCCGCCUGUACUGCGCCUGCGCGCUGCACGAGUCCUCCUGCGUGUCGCUGUGCUGCGCGCUGCGCGCCGCCGACCGCGCGCUCGAGGUGUACGACGUGCUGCUCGCGCUCGCCGAGACCCACGGCAAGCACUCGCAGGAGCGCGAGGCGGCCGAGCUGGUCGCGCGCCAGCUGCUGGCGCGCCUGGACGAGGAGCACAGCUCGGCCAGCAUCGGGGAGCCGCUGCUGUCGCCGGGGCCCUGGCUGCAGCAUCACGCGCAGCCCCCGUCGAGCGCGUGGACGGCGGGCUGCGAGCGUCGCCUGCGCGCGCACGCCGCCCGCCUCAAGGCCGACACCGUCGCGCUGCGGGACACGCAGCCGCAGCCCAAGCUGUUCUCAUAUCAUGACAUAGACGAGUCCGAGCUGGGUCCCUCCGGCCCCUGCUCCUCAGCCGAGAUGGAGGAGGCUGUGGCCAUACACGACGCGCUCAUCCUGCCGCACGCGCGCUCACACAACACACACAACUCACACGGUACACACGGCUCACACAGUACACACAACACACACGGUACACAGGGCGCGCAGCCGGCGCUCGGGGGGAGCUCGUCCACGCUCGGGAAGAAGGAGACACAUGAGGAAAAGCGCGGUUCGUCGGGCCGGCCGCGCCGCUCGCGCCCGCGACACUGGCUCGACGCGCGCGCUUCAGAAACUGACCUCUGAACACACACAGACACACAAACAUACAUACAUACACGGGAUUACUGAGAAAUCAUCCCAACCGUGAUUUACCAAGGAAUGUUAAGAUACAAUCUUCAAAUGGAGUUUGAAGUCUAAAACAGUUUACAUUGUGAACUGAAUUUAAUACUAAAUGUUGUCUUUCUGCAUUUUAUUUAGACAUUACACAAGUUGUUAGUAUUAUGAAAACCAGUGAAAUGUGAGUUGUACUCGCGAUGCUUAGGAUUCCGUAUGCAUACGCUAAAUAUUAACAAAAAUAGCGUAUUGUAUGUACAUAUGUCAUCUGUCUAGAUAUCACGGUUCAUGAGAUAUAGCUUGGUUAUAAACGGACUAACAGACAGCGUAACAUCAAUUGUCAAGUUUACGGUUUUAAGCUAUGUGUACGGAAUCCUAAAGAAUGAUCUUAAAAUGAUAUUUUUCUUUAUAUUGGAACUUACCUCGAAUAUGAAUGACUUAUUAUUUAAAUACCAGACCACUGGUGUUAGAGUUGUCAAUGUAAAUUCGUUCUUGUAUCGUGUACUAUAAGGUUCUAUUUACUGAACUUAAAAUCAACUCAAAAAACAAAAAUACUUGUCAUAGUACAGAAUAUAUAAAAUAAUUAAGUAUUUUCAUAAUAUCAAAUUUAUGAACUAGAGAAUAAGAAUGAAUUUACAUUGAAUCAUCUCUGAUCUACGAAAAAGUCUGUUAAAAUUGACUAAAUCUCAGUUAGGAAUCUGUUUGUUACUUAAAUAUGGUGCGAUACCGAAAAUGAAUCAUUUUGGUUAUUAUUAUUAGUUAAAUUAAACCAAGAACUAACUUUACACUUAACUGUUAUAAAUAAUCUUAAAGUUAGUUGAAAAGUUUCGUUUUUUGGUACUAAAUUGUUUUUGUAUGUUUUUUUUAUUAUAAAAGUUAAGUUUUUCUUUAAAAUGUACAAGAGGCUAACUAAAUAUGAACAUUUUUGAAUCAAAUGUGACAAAAGUCGGGUUAAAAAGCUAGUAUGUUACCUCGCGACUGUCUAUCUGACAACACAACACAUGUUACUGUAACACAGUAUCACAUAGUAAGACUGCGUCACAACUGUAAUGACUUAACGACUGUCAAAUGUGAGAUGAAAUAUAAGAUAUGUUUGAAAUAUUUCUCUAUAAAUGUUUGUAAAGUUAUAUUUAAGAUCUAAUGAAUGUCUAAAAGAUAUCAAUUGUAAUUUUAAUGUUAUACAAAGGAGUAGAUGAUCUGUGGAAAUUAUAAUAUCUAUAUAGACGGGAAAUAGAAAAAAUAUUACAAAAGUAUUUUUUUUUUGUUAAAACAAAACAAUUAGUUAAAUUGAUUUAUAAUCUAAAUACUACUAUUAGACUUUAAAUCACUUUGUAAUACUUUAUGACCGCUGUUAAACUCUGACUAUUAUAGCCGUAACAGAAAAACAUCAUCUGUUAAAAUGUCAACUGUCUAUCCAACACGGUUCAUGAGAUACGACCUGUUGACAGACGGACAAACAACGGUGGCUUAAUAAAACCGUUCUAAAAACCUAAAGAAUACUUGUGUAGUAUUUUUUCAAUAAUAAUCUGUUGAUUAAUAAUAAAUACAUACAUGUUAAAAGAAAACGAAUAUUGUAUAUGUCUAUGUGUAAUAUAAGAAUAAACGACUUAACAAUAUUUGAUGUGACUCUGUCAAUAUAGAACAAGUAUUAUCUUCAAUAAGUGUAUGAAAUAGCACUUAUUUUAGGCAAUAUAGUUUUAACUGAGUUUCCGCUUUUAAGCAGUAUUGUCUGCAAUAAGCGCUGGCUCCAGUUUAACAGAUCCCUUAUGUAAGGGUGGUGAGACACUGAUCUUAAUUGGUCAAUGUAUAAAUAAUGCAUAAAAAAUACAUUUUUUUGUUACAUUUUAUGAUUUCUUGUAAAAAGUUCAUGAAGCCAUUUUUUUAAAUAAAACUUUUUAAAUUAUUUGCUUUUUAGUUUUAUUUCUUCGACUAAUAUUAUUUGAUCAGUUAACUUUACUAUUUUUUAGUGCAUUUUAUAAGUUUAUGAAAUUCAUUGACAUUUAUAAGACAGCUGAAUAUCGAGUUGCUAGUCGUGAUUGAUAGUAUUAAGAUGACUGUCCACCCCCCCCCCCCCCCGUUUUAGAUGAAAUAGUACAAACUGAUACCUUCUCGAUGUAUUAAAUACAAUAUUCUACUUUAACUACUAUAUACCUACUUCUCGAAACAAGUUAUAUUUCUGCAAGCGUUAUAUUUUGUUACCUUAUAGCAAGCUCCUGAUUGCUUCUGCAAUUCAAUCUAUUAUCGUAUUUUUUUUUCAUUAUCAAUAAAGUAUAUAUAUUUUUAUCGCUUGUAGACAUGUAACUUGUCUAUGAAUGAACAAAACUACGCAAUAUAGUAAAGAUAGGUUAUCACUGGAAGUAUGGCUUUAUAAAAUAAUACAACAUUUCAUUCUAAUCAUGUAAAAAUGUUUCGAACCCACACAUUUACUUCAACACACCAGUCACAUUACCUACUACGCUACCGGGAUCACUGAACGCAAGUACAAAACCUUCCAUCACAUUAUGUCACGUGACAUUACAACAUCAUCUCUACUGUAUUGCGUGGUUUAACAAGUUUAACUUAAGUUAACACACUAACAGUUAAACUAAGUAACAUGAAAUAAAGUCUCUUUAUAAACUUUAUAUAUCAUAGUUUAACUGUUACUGUGGUUAGUAACUGUCGUUGUGUGUGACGCAGCUGGCUGUAAUAUACGUCGCUUGGCACUAACUCUUAGUUAACUUUAACCGUAGUCCCGAGGACUCUCACUUGUAUGAGUAUGACUGUAUGUUACACUGCGUUAUAUGUUUAUAGAAUUAAAGAUUUUUAGUCAAGAUAGGCUACUAUGAGGUCUUUAAGAACAACACCAAAUUUAUCUUUAGGCAGUACGAUUCUUGCCGAAAAGAAAAAAAACAAUAAAUUUUAUACAUAAUGUUAUAAAAUUUAGAAUACCUUACCUACUACUAAAAUUAAAAAUCUUUCUAUUUUUAACGCUUUUCCGGCUAAACCGUUAAGCUAAAUAUAAUUAAUCUGCUGUGUAACAUCAUAAGCCAUAAAUAAAUAUUUUCAUUUAAUCUACUUUUCCUAACUAUAUCCACGCAUAUUUUGAGCAGAAUCACAAAGCUUGAAUAUUAUAUUUGCUAGUGUAACAUACAGUAAACACUUCACCCUGUCAUCGAUCACAUGUAAAUAUAAACAUUUGAUGUAAGCCACCAGGCGGCGCCGGCUGUUACUAUCAGUGCAGGCGUAAAUAUCAUUACAUAUUAUAACCUAACUAACCUAACCUCAAAAUAAGUGUAUACCAAAAGAAAACUUUGCAUUGAAUGAACUCGAAUCAGCAGCGCCUGCUGAACGAAUAUGGACUGAUGACGAUGAUGAUGAAAUCAGUAAAUUAUGAUGCUAUAUCCUUUAUGUCAACAUUUCAUCUUUUAUUGUGCCACUGUACUGUAGCAGCCGGCCAGGUACGGUUUGAUAUCAGUGGGGUUGGACGUAAUUAGAAGAAUUAAUUUUAUUUAAACACUAGAUUUUGCCCGUGGUCCCACCCGUUAAUAAAAAAUGAUCCCAAGAGGACACAAAAUUGGGCUAAAAACUAUCCUAUGUGUUAAUCCUAGUUAUAAACUAUCUAUGUAUCAAGUUUCGUCUUAUUAAUGUUCGUCCUAUUUAUCUAAUUCCUUUGCUAAACGGGGCGACAACUUUGCCCAGCUGUGGGCAAUUCAAAAGCUGGUAUUUUAAGUAUUCAAGUCCACUGAUAUUGCAGUAUGUGUAUAGUUAUAUAUUGUAAGGUAGCUAGCUUGGUGAGGGACGCCCCCACACGCACUGAUAGCACGGUAGCUUGGUAAUGUCAAUCAUAUUAUAUGGAAGACAAGAUGGCGACAAACUUAGAGGAUUUCGUAAACUCAAGGCACAGAAUUUGUUUAACAUUAUUGUACCAUAUAUUUCACAAUUAUUGAAGAAAGAACACUUUUAGUUGAAAGAGGGUAAGAAAUAUGAUUAAUAAAUAAAAGGUUAAGAAAAAAAACAUUUGUUAUUGCAAUUGAAACCUUAAAUAAUGUUGUAAGAUGUUGUUCAACUUGUCACUAGCUGUCACUUCCUCAGUUUGUCUUCAACUUGUGAGAGUCAGAGUCAACACUUAAUAUUAUGAAAUACUCGACCGAGCGUAGUUCCAAAUCCUGCCACUGCAAGAAUUAGCGCUGGUGUCGGGUUCUGGAGUUCUUACACGAUCGCAGUUCGAUUGAAACGGAAAAAUGAUUUAAUUUUAAUAGUUUUUGUAGGUUUAGAAUUGUUCUGUAAAUAAUUAUUUUAUGAUCUGAUCUUGUAUUAUUAUUAAUAGUGACUUAAUUUGGAACCAAUGUUUUUUAUUAAUUUUAUAAUGCUUUAAAGUGACUAUGCAAGGCGUAAGAGAGACUAUAGUCAAGUUACACAUCUCCUCGCUAACGCUGACGAAUCCCUCAAAUGUAUUGAACUGACAAGUCCAAGUCACGUCACUUGUCGAGGAGGAAUGUCAUUCACAUACAUUUGAAGUUGUGUGACAUUGUCUACGCCCUCUUUCCGUCAGUUUUCAUGCGUUUGUAAAGAGAAAGGAAUUGUUUGUUAUAAAUAUAAAUGUAUAUAAUAUGUAUGUAUGUACAGAGAUUGGGGCUGGUGGUGCUAGUCUAGGCUACGAUAGUCAAUCAAUAAAUAUUAUAAAUAAAGUA